CUCUGCUCUCCCUGGCAGAUGCACGCAAUGAAGCUCCUCAGACCCAGGAUGGACUUAGGCUAGAAUCUUCCCGGUGUAGAAUCUGAUGUCAGACCUGGAAGGCUACUAGAGACAGAGACUGAGCUGGCCAUAGGGGCUGGGCUGGGCUGCAGGCAUGGCGCAGUACAAGGGCACCAUGCGGGAGGCCGGCAGGGCAAUGCACCUGAUCAAGAAGCGGGAGAAGCAGAAGGAGCAGAUGGAGGUGCUGAAGCAGCGCAUUGCAGAGGAGACCAUCAUGAAAUCCAAGGUGGACAAGAAGUUCUCGGCACACUACGAUGCCGUGGAGGCCGAGCUGAAGUCCAGCACAGUGGGCCUGGUGACCCUGAAUGACAUGAAGGCCAAACAGGAGGCCCUGAUGAGGGAGCGGGAGAUGCAACUGGCCAAGCGGGAGCAGCAGGAGCAGCGCCGGCUACAGCUGGAGAUGCUGCGCGAGAAAGAGCGUCGGCAGGAGCGCAAGAGGAAGAUCUCCAACUUGUCCUUCACUCUAGAUGAGGAAGAUGACCAAGAGGAUGGCCGCUGGGCGGAGGGCACUGAGGCCCACAGUGGUGGGCCCAAGAAGAACUUGGGCAAGAACCCAGAUGUGGAUACCAGCUUCCUGCCCGACCGUCAACGCGAGGAGGAGGAAAACCGGCUGCGGGAGGAGCUGAGGCAGGAAUGGGAGGCAAAGCGCGAGAAAGUGAAAGGCGAGGAGGUGGAGAUCACUUUCAGCUACUGGGAUGGUUCGGGCCACCGGCGCACGGUGGGCAUGCGCAAGGGCAGCACCGUACAGCAGUUCCUGAAGCGGGCACUGCAGGGGCUGCGCAGGGACUUCCGGGAGCUGCGCGCAGUGGGUGUGGAGCAGCUCAUGUACGUCAAGGAGGACCUCAUCCUGCCACACUACCACACCUUCUACGAUUUCAUUGUGGCCAAGGCGCGGGGCAAGAGCGGGCCGCUCUUCAGCUUCGACGUGCACGACGAUGUGCGGCUGCUGAGCGAUGCCACAAUGGAGAAAGAUGAGUCGCAUGCGGGCAAGGUGGUGCUGCGCAGCUGGUACGAGAAGAACAAACACAUCUUCCCCGCCAGCCGCUGGGAGCCCUACGACCCCGAGAAAAAGUGGGAUAGGUACACCAUACGGUGA